CUCGCACAUUCUAGCACAGGAUAUCCGUAUCAGGGCCAAUCAUCAGGAUAACAUGUAAACUCAGGUAGAAUGUAAGUCUGCGAUGGUGGUGAUUGAAUCAUCCACCGUCUACUUGCCGAGCAGUCACAGCGGCCCAAGCCCAGCAACUCGAUCGAUCGAUCCCCUUUCGUGGUCCUCGCCCCAAAUCUCCCCAGCCCUAGCUAGAGAAUCGAUCUAAUACCCCAAUCCGGCCGCCGCCGCCUCCUCCACCGAACCCCCUCAGAUCCAUGGCCGCCGCCGAUGCUCCCGCCGGCUCCGGCGGCGCCCUCCCCAAUUGGGUGAUGCUGGAGCGCUUCAUCUUCCGUAGGGACGACCCCCAGUCUUUCCGUGAGGACAAGAGGACCUCCGCGACCGGCGAGACCUCCGUCGGCGCUCACUUCCGCAUCUCCUUCAUCCUCGCCGAGCCCCCCACUCCCUCGCGCCUCUACCUCAGCUGGCCUGGAGGCCCCAAGCAGGAGAUGAUGUGCCACCUCGUGGCGGCCCACCGCAACCUCGUCCUCCUCAGGCUGGACUCCUUCGUCGACCCCUCCAACACGUCGCCGUUCGGCGAGAUGGCGCACGACUACUUCAUCUACUACGUCGCCGCCGACCCCCGCUCGCAGGCGCAAUCCACGCCUGCUCUCAGACGGCUGCCAGGUUGCACCGUGCACAACGCGUAUUUCGGGAGGCCGAUCCCGAUCCCGUUCUUGCCUUGGGGUGUUGGCCUGUUGUGCUGUGGUGAGGAGUUUGCCGUGGCGUAUCUGAGUGUAGGCAGGCGUGACCCGGAGGCCGAGGCGCUGGAGGUGGAGUUGCGGGUGCUCCGUUCGACCGUUGGAGGUGAUUCUAUCGAUGGUGGUGAGAAGUGGGAGGCCAAGUAUCUUCCGAUCCAGGGUCAGGAUGAUGUUGAAGGCAUCGAUCUGCUCGAGUGGAAGACAAACGAAGUGGUUCCCUUCAAGAAUGCCCUGCUCUGGGUGGACUAUAGCAAAGGUGUAUUGUAUUGUGAGGAUGUCUGUGGAGACAGCCCCAAGGUCAAGUUCAACGGUUUUCCUCCGGAUUACUACAGCUACCAUUGUUACUCCAGCAAACAUCCUUCAGGCUUCCCCGAGUUGUACCGCAGCUUGUGCGUCACCGAAGGUGGUCGCACGUUGGCAUUCCUUGAUGUUAUCCGCCAUGAUGGCGCUGAUGUAGGCCAGAUGGUGCCUGACACUGGUUUCACCAUCGUCUCCAUGGCAGUGACGGAAACGCAGUCAGCCCAUAGUUUUAGGGUUGAAGCAGAUGACCUGUGGGCUACACCCCCCCUGAAGGAUCACCUACAUGAGGUUAUGAUACUCCCGUUGCUGAGUAUGGAUGAUGUCAAUGUUGCGCACUUUGUAUUGUAUGAUUGGGCAGACUUGUCUGGCAAGUUCAAGGUCUCGCUAGUUACCAUUGACCUGAGCACCAAGCGAGUGGUUGGCUCAGUUGUUCCAUACAUCGAUGAGGGAGAUGUUUCUACUGACGAUGCUGAUUUGGUCAAGGGUAAACCAAAUUACUUUAUGCGCUUCCUUCCAGCAGAAUUCCCCAAGUUCCUGAAUCUCCAAAGCACUUCUCCCCGUGGCCUCACCCUGCAGCUGGCGCCCAAGAAGGAGCUGCGGUUGUCGGUCUCCUCCGGGGGGCGGGCCGCGGCCCCGCCUACGGCGAGCGGCGGGGCUCCUGGUGCGGCCGCGGAUCCCCCCGCGGAGGUGGCCCCUGCGGAGGCGACUGGCGGAGCGGUGGCGGUGUUAGCUGCGGGAGGUGGAGCGGGCUCUACUCCGCCUUCGGCCCCUCCGGUCGCCCCUUCAGCUCGGGGCGCGAUCCCCCCGGGCUCUCAGGCCGGGGAGGUGAUCGACCUCGACGCCGACGAGGUGGAGGAGACGGCGGCGACGGGAGGCAGGGUGGAUGCCCCCGCUGCCGUGGCGGGAUCAGAGGAGGAGGGGGCGCCUGCUCCCGGAGGCGCAGCGUCAGCAGAGGCAGCGGUGACGGAGGCAGGGGCCUCCGCCCCGGUCACCCCCGCGGGAGUGACUCUGGCGGCUGAGGUGGAGGUGCCCACAGGGGUACCGUUGGCGGCCUCGGCGGCGACGAGCGUGCAGGCGCCGGGGCCGUCGGCGGAUCCGGCGGCCUCUAGCGUCGUGGUGCCGUCCUCGACGGCGACGUCAGGGUCGGCCCCUGUCUCAACCUCGGCUUCCUCCAUCCUGAGGGCGUGGAGAGGGUCCGUCCUCAGCUGGUCAUCCCGUGAUGACCCGCCGAGGCACCUCUUCGCGCUGGACGACGCCGCCGAGUGGCAUAGGUGGCAGGCGAUGCAGGGCGGCGUCACCCAGGUUCAGGCGGCUCUGACUUCGGCGCUGGGAGUUCUGGCCAACACCGUGGUCCCUGGCAGCCAGGCUCUCCAAGAGGGCAGCCGGGGGAAAUCUGAUUUCCUCCGGCGGCAGCAGGGUCUCUGGGAGCGUUUCAACACCGAAAGGGAGCGCACCAGGGACCUGUCCCUGCAGCUUGGCGCCGCCCAGGGGGCCGUCCGCGACCUGGAGGGGCGUGAGCGGGCGGCGUUAGAGGAGGCGCGGCGUGCGGAGGCCAGGCUCCAGGCCGUCACCGAGAAGGCCCGCCUCGACCUCGAGGAGUUCCAGGCCAUCGCGGAAAGGGCUCGCCGCGAUGCCGAGGGGCUUAAAGCUGCUGCUGCUGAGAGGGCCCGCCGCGACGCCGAGGAGCUGGCGCAGCUGAGGGGGGAGCGUGGAGCCCUCCGCACGGAGAACGAUCAACUCCGUUUGCAAGUGCAGGGGCUUCAGUCCGCCUUGUCCCGCAGCGCCGACCGGGAGCGUGAGUUGAAGGCCCAGGCCGACGGUGAGAUCGCCAAUUUGCGGGCUCUGCUCGACGAGGAGCGCGGCGAGCACGACGCCCUACAAGAUGCGGUCCGCGUCGUCUGCGAGGACUUCGGUGUAGCUCCGGAGGAGGGAUCGAGCUCUCUGCCGGCUCGUGUCCUCGAGGUGCGCCGUCGCCGUCGCGAGAUCGCCGUGGACGCACUUUGCCCGUAUGCCGACCCUGAAGCCGCCGCUCCUGCCGACCCAGAAGCCGCCGCUCCUGCCGACCCUUCUGCGAAUUAGCUGUACCGGGCUCGCGCCCCAAGAAGUUUGUAAUUAUGUCAGUCCUUCAAACUUGUUUUGCGUUGGCCAUACGGGCCUGUUCUUAUGACUUUUCGUUGCACGAAAGAACCCGAUUCCCUCUGUUA